AUGGGCAUUUAUGUAACCUCUCACUAAAUCUCUCUCUUUCUCUCCCUUCCUUGGAUCGAUCGCUCCGGACAAGACGUAGUAAACUAAGAACUCCACUUUCUCUGAUACCCACCCUUUCUCUCUCCGACCCUCCCAGCUAGAAUCUAGAUACAGUCUCUUUCUCUCUCUAAAACUUAAAUCCACAUUUCUCUCUCUAGUCUCUCUCUAUCUAGAUUCUGAGCUACAGCUUAGAGCCUCUGCCUCUCUCUCUCUCCCUCUGUCCGAGCUCACCUCAAAAUCGGAAUCUCCUCUCUGUCUCUCUAUCUAGGAGGCUAUUGCCGGUCGCCGGGAAACUUCGAAACUCGCCGGGGAAUCCGUCCUGUCAAACCGCCGGAAAACCCACCGAUCCAGCUGCGAAAAACAGGAAAUCUCAGGUGUCCUCUCUCGCCUUCUGAAAUCUCAGGUGGGUUCUCUCUUUCAUAACGGGAAAUCUCAGGUGGGUUCUCUCUCUGAUAACGGGAAAUCUCAGGUGGGUUCUCUAUCUGAUAAGGAAUAAUUUCGGGUUGUUUCUCUCUAGACCUGCCCAAGAAAUCUCCGCUGUUCUCUGUCUACGUUAACUUUACUGACAAGCCAUUUCCAGUCCGCCCCAAAAAACCGAUAGAUUCACGGACCUGCUGGGAAAUCAAUUACCCGGCCGGAAAAUAAAGAACCGGCUGGGAAUACCAGGAAGAAACCAAGGGACUCGCCGGGAAUUCAGGGGAAAUCUAGGGGACCUAACAGAGAAGAAACCAGGAACGGUUUGUUGGGAGAGAGAAUACCAGAAACUAGCGAGACUAUAAACCAGGAUUCCUCUGCAAAAACUAGGAAUCAUCUGAGGAAACCCUUACAACUCUUCGGCUGAAAACUAGGAAUAGUGGAGAAACGCCAAAGAAGCCCCAUAAAAACCCACUUCUAUUGAGAAGUUGAGAACCCAUCUGGUGAUAAAACCAGAAUCCUUGGGAGAAACGCCAAAUGGAAAACAGGGCCGAGUUGGAGGGAAAAGUCAUUAAUCCUUCACAAAAAACAGGGCUUAGUUGAUGAAAAAACCAGGUUUGGCAUGAAAACCGCCAAAACGAAGAAAGGGAACCCAGUUUGUUAAGACUUACCUGAGAAAGCCUGAAAACUACCAAAAUCUCAGUGACCCACCAUAAAAACCAGCACCCAGAUGAUUAAAAGACCAGAGGAACCUGUCCGAAAAUCCCAGAAACACCUGAAAACCCAAUCUCUGGCCAUAAAAUCCGUGAGUCAACAUUAGAAAAGCAGGGACCACCAUAAAAGCCAGGACCCAAUCAAUAGGAAACGAAUUAAAACCAGGACCCAACAAUAGAAAAACCAGGGACCACUGUAAAAUAUCCGGACACCAGUCGAUAGAAAACCAGGUAGUAGCUGGAAAUGCACAGGAGAACCACCAAAAAAUCAACCGGAAAACUGAGGGAAUGGCCAGGCAACCAUCAUUGACAUCAAAAUGAAAGACGAGGAUGGAAACAACAACAAUUGGUUCUCUCGGUGGGAGGACGACCUCCCCCCCCCUGAAGAACUCAUGCCCCUCUCUCAAUCCCUCAUAACCCCUGACCUCGCUCAGGCCUUCCAAAUCCAUAAGCUGCCCGAUCCCCCUGGCCCCCUGCCUGAGCUUUCUGAGCUGCCCGAGCACCCUGUCCAGUUGCCCGAACCAUCCUCUCCUCCCGAGCUGCUAAGCUCCGACGAGCCUGCCCGAACUCUUAAGAGGCCCCGACUUGUUUGGACUCCCCAACUUCAUAAACGAUUUGUCGAUGCGGUUGCGCACUUGGGUAUCAAAAACGCAGUGCCAAAAACUAUAAUGCAGCUUAUGAAUGUUGAUGGGUUGACUAGAGAGAAUGUGGCUAGUCAUUUGCAAAAGUAUAGGCUCUAUCUUAAGAGAAUGCAGGGGCUUUCACCAGAGGCUCAAGGGCAAGGUACCCAUGACCACCUUUUCAGCCAGGCAGGGCACCAUCACCACCAUGGGUUAGUGCACCAUAGGGGAGCAGAGGAUGUGUUUUCAGGGCAAGUCGGGUUAACGACCAUACAUAAUGCCCAUCAUCAAUUUCACCACCAUCAUCAGAGUCCGUAUCAGAGUCAGGGCCAUCAUCAUCAGCAGCAUCAUAUUGCCAGUGGGGGCGUGGGGUUCUUUGAUCAUAGAUUUUUGGGUAGGCCGCAGCAUCAUCAAGGAAUGGUGGGGGGAAGGGUGGGGGUGGGGCCAGGAGGGGUAUUGGGGCCGGCGACAGCAGCAGCAGGGAUUGGGGGAGGGGUGGUGCAGGUAGAGGAUGUGGAGGGCUCGUCGCCCCCACGCAAGGUGCUCACGCUCUUCCCGACCGCAGAUGAUUGAUUGCUCUCUUUCUCUCUCUCCCUCCCCCCUCCCCCUGUGUCUACCUCUAUCUAUUUCUCUCCUCCUCUCUUUUUAUUGUGUGGGCAUGGUGGCAUGGGAGGAUUUGGGGCAUCAUAUCUCCCAUGGAUUGUGUUGUCCUUUCACUGCUAAUAAUCUCUCUCUCUCUCUCUCUCUCUCUCUCUCUCCUUGUGUAUGUUAAAUUGCGGAUGUGUUCGGGCAAU